UCUCUGCCUCUCUCUUUCAGACUCGACUAUCUUUCCUUCUCUCACUCUCUCUCACACUAUGUCUCUAAUCCAUUCUGUUGAGCCGCUGGGUCACCACGAUCUGUACGAUUCUUGCUGCUCCUUCUCCCUCACGCGAUUUUUGUUGCUCAGUCUCCCCCUUCUCCCUCAUGCAAGUCUUGCUGCUCCUUCUCUAACUCCUUCUCCCUCACGCGAUUCUCCCUCACGACAUUUCUCCUGCUGGAAGCAAGAACCCAGGAAAGAGCACUCUAACCUUGUUUGUCUAUGUGAGGUAUUUUUUUUAAUUCAGAUUUCAAUUUAAUAUAAGAUAAUCACUGAUUCGAAAGCUCGCUUGUAAUGACACUGUCAAAAUCGCACCUCCCAGCGAUAUACUCGUUCUUGACCAAUUCAUUGAGUGGUGACGAAAGCAUCCGCAAUCCAGCAGAGGAGGCUCUCGCUCAGUGCGAGGCUAGGCCCGACUUUUUCUCUUGUCUCAUGGAGAUUAUUAGUGCCAAGCAUUUGGCCCCUCAGGUGGACGUUCGAUUGAUGGCUUCACUGUAUUUCAAGAAUACUAUUAAUCGCUACUGGAGGAAAAGACAUGAUUCUUCGUGAGACAUUGUUUAUUGUUCUUUUGGUUAUUGAUAUUAGAAACAUAUGGUGAAAGUGGUAGAUUAUAGAGCUUAGGAAUUCACAAUGUGUGAGUUUGGAUACUUGUAUCAGCUCAUUUGAUUGAAAAGUACUUUAAUUUUCAUAUAUAAGGCAAUCCGUUUAUGUGAGUAUGUGAUUUAGUAAAAGCAUUGUAGUAUCUGCGUUUUUUCAUGUGUGGGCAGGAUAUGUUCUUAUCAAGGUAAAUAAUUUAUUUUUAUCACAUGGCAUCUAAUGUGAACAUAUUGCUUUCAGGGGAAUCAGCAACGAAGAGAAAGUACAUCUGAGGCAAAAACUGGUAUCCCAUUUAAGAGAAGAAAACUAUCAGGUGUUUGGUGCCCUUACUUCUUUUUUUUUACAAAUGGAACAUGACCUCUUUCUCUCUCUGUAAAUAUAUGUAUAUAAAUAUAUCUAUCUCAUCAUAUAUCGUUUAAGAUUCAUCAUCCUAGCCCGAGUUCUAACUCUUCAUCUGAGAUUUUCUUUUAUAUAUUUAUUUUAGAGGUGACAUUAUUUUAGUGAAAGAAUCCACUUUUACUAUGCUCUUUAUAGGUCUGAUACAGACAACUCUCGUGUUGGCUGUGCUCAUCUCAAAAAUUGCUCGAAUUGAUUAUCUAGUAGAAUGGCCAGAUCUCUUUUCAUUUUUAGCACAACAACUUCAGUCAGCAGAUGUUCUCUCUUCUCACAAAAUCUUUUUGAUCCUCUUUCGAACCUUGAAAGAAUUGUCCACUAAGCAUCUAAUGGAUGGACAAAGGACCUUUGCACAGAUAUCAUCCCAUUUCUUUGAUUAUAGUUGGCAGCUUUGGCAAUGUGAUGUGCAGACCAUCUUACAUGUGUUCUCUUUUGAAGUUGUGCUUUACUAUGUUAAUUUAUAAGUUUGUGACUAUUCGAAGGAAUGGUCCAAAUGUGAUAUUUCUUGGUAUCCUUUGGAAAAUGUUAGGUAUGUAAGAAGUCAUUGAGUGCUUUUUCAUCAACAUUUAUUUGUGAACCAUCUGGGCACUUCUGAGAGGGAACCUUUCAUCCAGUUAUGGAAAAACUUUCAGUUUGCAUCUCCCUCUUUAGCCCAUUUACAUCUUGAUUUCAACCAUAGCCCUUUUUCCUCCUCAAGAGAAAUCUGCUGCCUCUUGUCGUUGUAUUUAAGAGUUUUGUUGUUCUUUUUUUUUUUUUUUGUGAGCUCUAGUUUCCAAGGUCUCUCAGUGGAUUUGGAUAGUUUCUUGGUUGUAAGAGUUGUAAUUUUUUUUUAAUUAUGACUCCUAAUUAAAGGUCCAAUGAUGCUGAUAGUUUAUUAAUUGGUGUGUAA